CGUGCCCUGGAAACGGUCAAGGACAUUAAAAUGGAUCGGAAGGUGCUUAAGCAGAGCACCCUGUUGAGGUUCUUUGAAAGCCCCACCGGGACAACAGACUGACAGCACGCAAGGGCGCACCCCACCCUUUCAAAGAGCCUGUGCGUCAGUUCGAGGCUUGAGCUGCCCUUUUCCCCCAGCAGUGGAGAGCCCGUCAACCCUCUGAAAGCAGAGCUGCUCCAUGUGCCUUCCUGAGUGAGGGGCCUGCUCCUCCCUGGAUUGCAGGGCAUCUCCAAAGUAGCCAUCAGAGUGCACCCUACUUGGCCGGUGUGCUGUGGGUGUGGACUCUGCGCUACAAUGAGGAACGGAUCCGAAGGAGCCCCCCUUGGGAGGGAGGGUGGCCAGGAGAGGCUAUGGUGCAGGCGGCUCUGGCCAGAACACACUGCUGGGCACUAGGGCUGGCCACUGGCUGGGGGAGCCUCGAGGACCCAUUUCUAACCGUGCUCCUCUGCUGCAGCCUGGCCAACAUCCCCCUGACCCCAGAGACACAGAGGGACCAGGAGCGACGGAUUCGCAGGGAGAUCGCCAACAGCAACGAGCGAAGGCGCAUGCAGAGCAUCAAUGCGGGGUUUCAGUCCCUAAAAACACUCAUCCCACACACAGACGGGGAGAAGCUCAGCAAGGCAGCGAUCCUGCAGCAGACGGCGGAGUACAUUUUUUCUCUGGAGCAGGAGAAGACGCGGCUGCUGCAGCAGAACGCUCAGCUCAAGCGCUUCAUCCAGGAGUUCAGCGGAUCCUCCCCGAAGCGGCGGCGAGCAGAGGACAAGGACGAAGGCAUCGGAUCGCCGGACAUCUGGGAGGAUGAGAAGGCUGAGGACCUGCGCCGGGAGAUGAUCGAGCUCCGGCAGCAGCUGGAUAAGGAGCGCUCGGUCCGGAUGAUGCUGGAGGAGCAGGUACGCUCUUUGGAGGCCCACUUGUACCCGGAGAAGUUGAAGGUGAUUGCCCAACAGGUGCAGCUCCAGCAGCAGGAACAGCUCCUGCCUGCUCACGGCCCUCCGGCACCCACCCAGCACCCAACGGUGAUUGUGCCUGCACCACCUCCACCUUCACACCAUGUCACCGUGGUAACCAUGGGGCCCUCCUCAGUGAUCAACACUAUCUCAACGUCCAGGCAGAACCUGGACACGAUCGUUCAGGCCAUCCAGCACAUUGAGGGGACUCAGGAAAAACAGCUGCUGGAGGAGGAAGAGCAGCGCCGGGGGGCAGUCAUUGUGACCCCAGCCCGAGCCAGCCUGGACCCCUCAAACUCGGACACGGCCUCUGACCUGGAGGCGGAGGACGACGAUUCCAUGGAACACAGCAAGGCCCGGAUGCCCUGACCUCUGCCUGGCAGCGGGAGGGUGAGCAGGGUGGGGG